AUGAUUAAAAAUGACGCGGUUGUUGCUGGUGGUGGAGCUAUUGAAAUGGAACUCUCGAAAACUCGCAGGAAUCAUUCUAGAACAAUUGCUAGAACAAUUGCUGGAACAAUUGCUGGAACAAUUGCUGUACAGAGUUUAAACGAUCUAGAGGAGAUGAUAGUGAAGAUGUUCGUUGAAGUGCCGAAUAAAGGAGUCGAUGCCCCGGAGUGGCGAGAUCGUCCAUUCAACGAGAAUCAUUAUGGGCAUAAAUGGUUCAUAGUUCCAAUCGAGGACUUGAGAGCAAUGGAAAUUAUUUUCCCACUUCCUGACGUACGAGAGCACUAUAAAUUUGAUCCUGUAGAGUACGUCUCUCAUCUCCUUGGUCACCCAGGUGAUGGUUGGUUUCUAUCAGCCCUGAAGAAAAAGGACUGGUCGACUUUUCUAACUUUUGAAAACAAACAAGCUGCCGGAGGUGGAGUGAAUUCUUUCACUGUCACUGUUCAUUUAACAGAGGAGGGCAUGGAUCAUAUCGACGAUAUCGUUUCCCUCAUGUUCCAGUGCAUCAAUAUGCUGAAAACUGAAGGUCCUCUUCAAUGGCUUUUUGAG